CUGACCCAAAUUAAGGUUCAGCUGCCGCUAUGUUUAUUUACGUACUUGACCAUCCACAACCAAAUUCCAAUUAUCUUGAAAAAGGAUGUCAGAGCGAUUGCGGAGCAUUAUUUGGUAUAGCAUUGACAUACAGGACUACAAAAAUGCUAUCUUUUUUGCAGAACGGCUGUAUACGAUGGAAGGAUCGUUAGACAAUUUGUGUCUUCUCGCUCAUACCCAUUUACUGCAGUUAAACUACGCAAUGACAUUUCAGCUGCUCGAGAAGCAUGCUAUAAAUCCCAUAAGUUGUUACACAUUCGCAAAGGCCUGUCUUUACUUGGGAAAAUACAAACAGGGAAUAUCGGCUUUGGAAAUGACACAGGAGUCCUGGAGACGACUGCCACCACAGUUGGGUGAUUCGACCGUUCGUCGCACUCGUCCCGACGCAGGAAGCAUGUUCGAAUUACUUGGUCACCUAUACAUGAAGUCUGGCAUCGUGAAAAAAGCAGCAGAGUGUUUUGCAGAGGCACUAAGUGCAAAUCCAUAUCUGUUCACAGCUUUCCAGAGCUUGGUUGCUAUAGGUGUUCAUAUUAGUGUGGAAGAGAUAUUUACAAACAUGCCUGCUUUUUCCAUUCAAGAGUACUCUCCGUCAGAGACAACGACACCGACACCGUUGUUUGGAAAAGUACCUUCAGCAGCCAAUACACCAACCAAUCCUACAUCUUCUUACGUCCCCAAUAUCUUUGCCGUUGGUAAAGGUUUUGAAUACCUUCAAACACCUCAAAACAAUUCUCUUAAUACUGACCCAAGCAACAAAUUCAGCACUCCAGUACCCUCUUUCUCGGCUGCUUUAAAACAAACACCUCUUUCUCGUGCGGGCACGAAUGUUACACCAAAUGAUGCUUCUCGCUUUGAUACGGGCACUCGAAAAACACCUGCCCUGUUUCAAGAUUUGCGGAAAACCGUGAUUCCUCCGCGACCUGUCAGUACAGCGACACUCACUGCUCCUGCGUCCUCUACUUCAGCGGCCGUCGUAACGUCGAAGAAGGCCAUCCGUUCUGAACAGGCGGCACGACCAACCGAUGAAGAGUAUAUCAUUACUAUACUGAAACUUAUUGCACAAGGUUGUUACGCCCUGGCCCAGUAUGAUCUUCCGGAGGCGCUGAAAUGCUUCCAGGCCCUUCCGCUCGCAGAACAAAACAGCUCCUUUAUUCUUGCUAAGCUUGGUCUAGUUUAUUUUGAGUUGGUACAGUACGACAAAGCUGUUUUCUACUUUGAAAAACUGCGUAGGGGUUACCCAGCUCGUAUUGAGGACAUGGAAGUGUAUUCCACAGCGCUGUGGCAUUUGCAGAAAAAGGUGGAGCUCUCGUAUCUUGCGCACGAAGCACUUGAACUUCAUCCAUACGCUCCUCAGUCCUGGUGUAUUUUGGCCAACUGUUUUUCGUUACAGCGCGAGCAUUCGCAGGCUCUUAAAUGCAUUACUCGUGCUAUUCAACUGGACAGCACGUUUGAAUAUGCGUACACGUUACAGGGUCACGAGUACUCAGCGAACGAAGAGUAUGAAAAAGCAAAGACUUCGUUUCGUCGGGCAAUCCGAAUCAACAUUCGUCACUAUAACGCUUGGUAUGGUAUUGGAAUGGUUUACCUGAAAACAGGGCGAAACGACCAAGCAGAUUUUCACUUUAAAAAAGCUGCUGAAAUUAACCCGCACAACUCUGUGCUUAUGACAUGUAUUGGAAUGAUUUAUGAACGUAUGAAAAAGUUUACCUACGCACUCGAGUACUAUCGACGAGCGUGUGUCCUUGAUGAGAAGUCAUCUUUGGCUCGGUUCAAAAAGGCCAAGGUUCUAGUGUCGUUGCGCGAAUACAGUAAAGCGCUCGAAGAGUUGGAGGCUCUGAAAGUCCUUGCACCCGACGAGGCUAAUGUGCACUUUCUUUUGGGCAAGUUGUACAAACGGAUGAAGAAACGCUCACUCGCCAUGCGACAUCUCACUAUCGCAUGGAAUUUGGAUGGCAAGGCUAAUCACAUUAUCAAAGAGUCAAUUGAACAUCUCGACGUACCUGAGGAGAAUCUUUUAGGGGAGACCGGCGAAAUUUAUAAAAACCUCGACGAGUGAAAACAAAAUGCUUUUUGAUUAGCUCAUUGCAGGAGUUUUUUCUUUUUAUUUUUUUCAGAACCUUUACUUUAAAGCUUUGGAAAAACGUCAGCUCAUUGAUAGCGUCAACUCCUGUGAAAUAUGACCAAAAUAUAAUCUACGAAACUACUAGCAAAAGUUUGUCAUCCUCAUCAAUAGGCACGACGACUGCUCCUUCACGAUUACUGCCCAUUCCUUUUAUCGGUCAUUCGUCAUUUAAUUGGUACAAACCGUCUCCAGCAUUCUUACUCACUUACGUUUUUUCAUUCUCAACUCAUCUUUUUAUGACUGCUGCUUGUUCUCCUCCGCUAUCGUUUUCCCUUCCGACUUCUUCUUGUGCUAACAACAUGUUAUGUCUUAUUUUCCAAAUGUCCGUCUAAUCUCUUUCACACCCUUGGCGAGUUUCAUUUCUCCUAUUACUAUUAAUCCGCCUACUCAAACUUUUUCUACCCAGACAAAGCUCUAUCCAGGGCAGAGUGUGGUGGUUCCACAGCCAGCCGGUGUCACCAGCUUCCACCACCACCAAAAUUCUUAAAUAUCAAGCUCCGGGGCCCUGCAACUCCAAAUCCAAAAUCCUCUUGUACCGUCGGUAAACUUUUUUAUUUAAAACAAGUCGUUCGUG